UUUUGAAAAGAGAUCUAAGAUGGCUGGUUGUUGGUACCAAGAUGCGGGGAGGAAUAACUCGCUCAGUACGCGGUAUUCCUUCCGAAGGUUUGUGAUGAACAAACUGUUUUAAAAGUAAAUAUUUAAUCUAAGGCUCAGAGGGUUAUUUUCGUCGCUUGUCUUGCCAACACAGAGUACAGGCGGAUUAUUUGGUUCGUAAUUUAAUUGGUGUAAACGUGCCUUUGGAUGUGUUCGUGAGUACUUUCCUGCGAAAAAACUUCGAAGUUCAUUUUGACAACUCUGAGUUCAACUUCUGCUUGAUGGUUUCUUAAGAAACGGCAUUAUCUCCUCCGACCGUGUUUAAGACAGGGAGAACUACUGUGUCCGAACUUUUUGCUGAAAAUGCAUUUCCAUUUUUGAAAGGACUCAAACCUUGAUAUUCAACUGUACGUGUGGUUGUGCCCGGCUCAGAUCUCGACCAGUUUCUCUUUUUCAGAGAAAGGGAUUUCGUGAUUGAGUGAUUAAGCUCGAAGUUGUUGUUCCUUAUUUCCAAAAGCAUUACUAUUGAUGACGUGAAGAGUAUGUCUCGGUUUAGCUUGUGGCGUUGACCUCCAUGAGGACUCUUCUCCUCAAAUAUUCUGAAACUACUUCAGACAGAGCAAUGAGUUACUCGUGAUAGUUAGAACUUGUAAUUAUGUGGUUAUUGCCUGUUUGUAAGCUCUCUUUUGCGAAUUCUUUUCGAAAGCUCGUAGCAAUAUUUUAAUUUCGGUGAAGCGUCACUUCGUGUUAUCGACAAAUUAAUUACGUCUCAACAAACAUCGACAGGGAGUUUGUAAACAGGCAUUGAAUUGUAAGCUUUAUACUUAUGAUCGAUCGUAAUCAUUAAUUUAGCUUGUUGACUCUCUAACCCAGGAAAUCUCGGAAGCAAAUAAACACAAGAUGAUGGUACUGUACACUUCACUUUCGAAAACAGACCUUUCUGUAGUGGCCUUCCUCUCUUCAAACUCAGUGGAACUCGUUAUUCAUACCCAAGAUUGAUAGCUAAAGGCUAUAUUUGGUUAAUUAUCCUCAGGUAAGUCUCUAUUAGCUGUUUAGAGUGCUAAAUAGUUUUGAUGUACUCAGCUCAAAUCGAAAUGACCACAUACCAGAACAAAGAAAUUUAAACAUAAUAUUCAUCCUAAUGGCAGUUCGCCAGUUUUUGUUGUUUUUUUUUUGUUUUGUUUUGUUAAUUUUUUUCACACCGAGGCUUUGUUCCUUCUUUUUCCUUUGCAAAAUUCUCAACUAGAACAUCUCUGUACAACUCUAUAUCACAUGUAAAAUGAAGGAGAAAGUAUAUAAACUCUGUAAAUUAAACAUUCCAGUAAUAUUACUCAAUCACCUUGAUAGUUUAGUGGUUACUAAAUACCUCAUCAUUUUAGAGCUAGGAAAUCAACUUAUCCCAAAGUUCUGAGUAUUAUGGUGAACACGAGUUUUAAAAGUUGAUCCUAAUGGUAAUCAGAAGUGCAGAGCUUUCAUGUUUAAAACAGAUUUUACAGCAUUACAGUUUAAACUGAAAUUUUCAAGGAAAAAUUUUGUAAAAUGCUAAAAUAGUAUUUUAGCAUUUUACAAAAUUUUUGUAAAUUACAAUUGUAUUUAAUACAUUUGAGUUAUCUUCAGAAAUGUGUUUCAGAUUGAAUUCUUUCGUCUGCCAAAGUAUGAAUAGCCAAUUAUAUCAUGUCAAUAUAUGAAACUGCUAAAAUGUUUUCACCACAAAACAUCCUGGUUCUUGAGUUUCAGUUGCAUGAUCAUCUCCUGAUUUUAGUUGCACAGGAAGAUCUCUGUAGUUGGUUUGCAUUUAAAACUAGACUGUGAAUGAGGAAAGAGGAAAAGGAGAAGAGUCCUUGGAUGAGAGCUAUAGAGUAGCCCAAAUUUUAGAGCAAGAAGACAGAACUGACCAGGAAAGGCAAAAAAAAAAAAAAAAUGCUGCUAGAACAGAUAAGGGCUUAUGGUUUGAGCAACCUCUUCUCCUCACAGUCGGUCACAAACCAUCAACAAUUUCCUUGUAAAGCUCAAAAUUGCUAACAAUCAGGAUGGAACAAAGGUCUGUCUGGUGCUUAUGCUAGAUAGUGUUCAAGGAAAUUUGGUUUUGGGAAGAGUCUUCUGAGACUCUGCAGGAUGCAUCUGUGUUUCUAUAGGUGGUUGCCAUUUCUAGCGGUCAGAGGGUGGACAUAGCUUGACAUAUUGUCAAGAAAAGGCUUAAAAUUUUUGCAAACAUAUGGAAACAAAAAUUUACUCUGUUUUAUGCAAGUGUUUCCUCUUCGAACAAAUCAAGAGGAUACAGAAAUUUGUUAGAUUGUCUUGAAAUUUGCCCAAAGAUUCCCACAGUACCAAACUAAUAAACCGUGUUAAGGAUUUCCUUUUUUGAAAUUGAUCUCCCACAAUGGCCUCUGAUGUUAAAUGUUUUGGAAUAAUUCACAUAACCAACCUUGACAGAAAAACUGUAAAGCAACCAAUAGGAAUACCAAAAAAUCUCCACUCUGCUUUGAAGAUGAAUCUGUAAAGACUGAAAUUGUGCAGAAGUUUUAUUUGUCUGGUCAGAUACUGGAUUAAUUCCCUUAAAGAAACAUCUGUUUUGAAUUUCCGUACUUCAGUCAAUUUACAAUUAAAUUAAGCAAGAAUGAAACGAUUUUUGCUGGAUAGAGAAUUUCGUAACCUUCAUAUCAAUUUAUAGUCAGCUUCAAACGGAACAUUUAUAAUUUUUUAUUUUUUGCAAGGGAGGCAUGCAAAGGUCUACCAUAUCCUUUGUUGCUACCAAUAGUACAAAUAUUGUUAACCAGACGCGAUAUCAAAGUGUUGAAGUUAAAACAUGGUUCUAGUUAAAUUUGUAGAACUGUAUCCCCAUUUAGAAAAAAGGAAAAUGAUAAGAGCUCUGUAGAAAAGAAAAUCAAAUGUUUUCUAUACUUUUUAAGCAAAAAUCAAAUCCAAAGGUGAACAGAAAUCAUUAGAUGCCUGUCCUAUCUAGCCUGUUGGAAUUUGUACAAUAUUGGGCUUUCUAGUCUGUUAUCUCCUUGUUAUUUAGGAUUGCAGUUUGAGUAACUCCUGUGCUUUCUACAGUAACUUGGGAUAGGCUCUAACAUUAUGAUCUUUGAUCUUCAUUGAUCUUCAUACUUAACCCAUUUUGUUUUGGUUUUUGUCCUUAGGAAAACAUAUUUGGAGAUUGGAGCUAUCAAGGCCAAAUUAAUGUUUCUAAAGCAUCUUCGUAUCACUAGAUUUUGUUAUUUAGAGGAGCUGGUUUAAAGGAUUUCAAAGAUUUACAUAAUAUUUUUUCAUUGGCAAGCUGUGCAUUUUUAUCAAAUUCUCAAGAUGGCAACUGACACUUGGAAGGUAAGAAUGAAAGAAUGUUUUGGUUGUUGUGUUUACAUCACUGUUCAGAUAAACAAUGUUUUGCACAAUUGUUAGAAAACAAUUUUUUAAGUUGACCUAGUAAGGUCAGAUGCAGUUUAAGAUUAAGUAAAGGAAUAUACAUGUACAUGCACACCCAGAACUGAUGUGUUCUACUAGAUGUAGGUUCAUUCAUAAGGUAAUCAUGCCCUCUCUAUUGAAGAGGUUUGAUUGCAGUUUGUCAAAAUUAUUUUGUGGCUUGUUUGCAGCUGUAAGAACUAGUCACAUUUUGUUCUUUCAAUUGUAACCCUUAAUACCUCAGCAUUAGGAGGCAUUUUCUUCGUACUGUUUCCUAUACAUUUCUGAAGGUGCUUAUCAGGAGAAUUUGUUAAACAAUCAAUUUCUUUGGUUUGCAAUCAUUUCCUUUAUUCUCAUGAUUGUGAUAAGUGAUUCAGCAUUAUUACUGUAGGAGAAAUUAGAGGCUGGUCACUUUUUGGGUUUGAAGGGUAAAUAAGUUUUUUGUGGCUAAAAAUACAACCCUUAAAUACAAACGAAGUGUCAGUAGAAAGUGCCUACCACUGUUAAGGUUGUGUAUAGAUAUACUAUGUUUUUGCAGUCAGUUUAUUGCUUGUGUUGUCUUUAACGUUAUGAUAAGUUCAUUUACUUGGAAAUGUGUCGGCAUUGCACUGCAAAAUUACUUCAAAUGGUAUACAAACUCUUGAACUUAUUACAUUACCCUAGUACUCUAUGAAAUAAAAUGUUUGUUUACUUUGAGCAGACACCCGUGACACCUUUGCUAGUUUCUGAGUAAUAGAGGUGUUGGCUUUAAACAGGUUGUCCAAAUUGAGCAUUUCUAGACUGGGUUGGCUGAACAUGGCAUCUGUUUAAUACAGUUAAUGCAACUGUAGUGCUGUGAAUGCAGUUGAUGGUGAUUUAUUUUCUUUUAGGGUUCUGAACGCAGAGAUCGAACCAGAACUACAUCAUAUGACUACAAUAAUCGCGAUUAUUACAUUGGCAAUCACAACAAAGGAAGAACUUUUUCAUACAGCAAUUCCUUCUCUGGACAUACUGCGUGAGUUUUACAUGUGCUAUUUUUUCAAGUGUUACAUUUGCAGUAGUGGUAUUUAAAUUUACCUUGUAUGUUGAAGAGAGAUGGGUGCGGCAAAGAAAAAGGUGUGAGCCAGUGUUUGGAAUCAAACUUCAGACCUUUGGAUUCCACCAUCCAAUGCUCAAAAACUGUUCUGAUACUUUUUCUGUUAUGGUUCUAGCACUCGAGAAACUGGUGUGGUUGAGAAACUUUUGGUAAGUAAUGACUUGUUAGUCCUUAUUCAGCGGCUCAGUAAUCUUAGAUUUAUUUUUUUGAAACUGUUGUCAACCUUUAUUUGAAUUUUAAUCAUUCUCAGCUGAGGGCAGUUUGUGCUUUACCUUGAUGAUCCUUAUGCAGCAAGUACUUUCUUUAGCUAGCUCCCUUAAACUUUUAAGUUACAUGUAGUAUUCAUCAAUGUGUCAUUUUCGAAGGUUUCUAAGCAACUCUUAGAAUCAACACCCUUGUUAUUGAAUGUAAGAAUUAUCCUUUUAUAUACUUUGAUGGUACACUAGUCAUUUGUUUUGUGUUUUUGCAGCACUCCUAUGGCUUUAUAAACUGCUGCGAAAGAGAGCUACGGAUUUUCUUUCAUUACAGCCAAAUUAAUGAGGACCCUCAGGACCUUUCUAUUGGAGGUGCACUUUUUGCAUAUUUUUUGUGGAACAAAGCAUCAAAACCAAAAACUCAUGAAAGUGUUUCUAUGACUGUGGGUGAAGAAAGAAAAAUCAGGGCUAGGCUGAGGAGCAAUCACAUUGCAAGAUUCAUUUCUAUGCUUUCUUGGAAAAAAUGAUGAGAGCCCUUUCUUGAAUUUUUUUCCCCUUCUGAAUUCACCCUGAUUUUAUCCACCAAUAUCAGUAUUUCAGCUAUCACUGUUAGUAUUUUAUUUAUGUUUGUUUUGUGCAAUCUGUCCACAGAUGAAAUGGAAUUUGAAAUUUCAUCAGAUCAGCGAACAGGAAAACCCAUCGCAUGUCGUGUGGUGAGACUUGAAGCUGGGUCUGUUUCCUUUGAGGUUUGUUACUUGACCCUUAAGAUUACUCGGUACAGUAAAUGCAAAGUGCAAGAAAAACUUUGUUUUGGCCAGUGUAAUCAAGACUCCCAAGAGUCAGGGAGGUAGUGGCUUUAAAUACUGUCCAUCAGUCCUACAAGAAAGUCAGCAGCUAUUUUUCUGUUGUAGGGGUUCAUCCUCUUAUUACUAGCAUGUUUUUGAUUUUGUUCCUAUUUGGAUCACAGUACAGUCAUAUAUUUGUCUCUUUAAUUGGAACUGAACUUGUUUGUGAAAUACACAUACUAUCAUUGACAUAAACCCAAUUUGUUGACAAAUUAAUUUUAUUUUUAGAUUCGAAGUGAGGAAACAGUAUGUGGAGUGAUAGACGCUGAACCUAAAUUAUACUUGAAGAACAGUCCAAAAUCUGUAAGUGCAGAGUAGUCAUGCUUUUAAAAAGAUUAGUUUUUUGCAUAAGGAUAACUUAUCAAAAUGGUAAACUUACGUGUGCACAUUUUAUUCUUCUCUUAUUCAGCCACAAAAUGGGCUUGACCCUGAUUCAGGACGGGUGAGCUAUGAGCGGAAUGGGGUAAGUAGAAAAGAGAUACCUUAUUUUUCUGUUUUAUGUGGUUACUGUGGCAUUGAAUUGUAGUAACAUCAUUUUCUACUUUGUACAAUAAUCUUAUGUUUGUAGUCUCAACCCUUUUUUUCCUUUAGGAGGUCUUCUAUCUCCAGUUUUCUUCCAAUGACAUUGUUAAUUCAGGAACACCUCUCCACAAAGGAGACAAAGUUGAAUUUUAUGUAGCCACAGAUAAAAGGUAUGUAGUGAACUGGGAAAUGGGACUUGCCUUGUUGUUUGUCCAAACAUGAGAUAUAGAAGCACCUUAAAAAGCACUCCCAAAAGCAGUGGACCAGGUGUUAUUUGUGGCUGGUGAGCAGCUUCAUAUGGCCACCUUGAGUGUAGAAAGCCAGCACAUUGCAAAUAUCAACAUCUUAAGAGAGAAAAAAGCAGCCCCAUUUUUUUAGUGGACUUUGGUCAGCGCUUAUCAAAACUAUUUGUUACUGUUGAAUAAAAAAAUAAAUAGAAAACAUGGGAUUUAGCAGAGGAGAUUCCAUGAGGUUGCUCUUCUUGUUCACUGUCUCCCAGUUCCACUGGAACUUAGAAUGUUGGUUUUAUGGGAAGGGAGGAAAACCAGAGGACCUGGAGAAAAACCCUGGGAGUAACGAGGAGAACCAACAACAUGCCAGAUUCGGGAAUCAAACCCAGGCCUUAGUAGUGAGAGGCAAGCCUUCUUACCACUGUGCCAUCCCUGUUAGACCUAUAAUGUAUACUAGCUCAACCUUUUUUUAUUAAAACUGCUGGUGCUCUAGAAACUUAAAACAAUUUUGGCUAUUCAAAGAUAAAAGAAGUCUAGUUGUGGUGAAUUGUCAUUCCACUUAACUGAUUUACCAUAUCAUUGCAUGAUGACUUGUUUUGUCUUGUAAAGAACUGGGGUUGUCCGUGCUCGUGAAGUCACCCUCCUUGAGGCAGCAGAUACUGAGAAAUGUCAGGUAUGUUUUACAUUGAAACCCGUAUGUACUCAUGCUUGGGAAAUUGCAUUAAAUGCAGUUAAAUGCAAUUUAAUGGAGUCAACAACAAAGAGAAUCAGCAUUCUUUUGUAGUCAGCAGUUUUUGUAUUUGCGCGUGUGUCGGAAUUCCAUGUGCUCUUUGUUUGAGGCACUCUUGCAUGUGCUUUGAGCUUGAAUUUGCAGUGUUGUUUGGACUGACAUCUCAUCAUCCAGGUAAUUUCCCAACCCUUUCCCUCCCUCUUUCCACUGUUUAUUCAUCUGGGUUUUCAGGAUUUGCCAGCCAUUGGAGCAGUCUACAUCUAGGAGCUGGAUGCCAACAGUGCAAGCUCCUGGAUGUCUCAGGCACCCAACCUCUCUGUAGCAACUUAGUUGUUAAACAUGGAAUGGGCAGAUGGUUGUAUUUCAACUACAAAAGCUGCCUGGUAAGUAACCAAAAAAAAAACUUUUAUUUAAGGACAUAAUAUAUUUCUGUAUUUUCCUUUGAAAGGGGGUUGUCUCUUCAAUGAAGGAAUCAUUUGGAUUUAUUGAAAGGGCAGACAAAGUUAGUGAGGUGAGAUCAAUAAAGCUCUUCAUUUGAUAAAUGAGAUGUUUGUAGAGUCUCUACAUUGUAUGUUUGGUUAAUUUGUCUGUUUGAUACAGUGUACAAAUACACAAAUUCUAUUUUUUACUACUUAAUUGUUGUUAUUUUAAUUACUAAUCUUACUGUCAGAGCUAUGAGAGGUUCUCAUGGUCUGCUCUCUUCCCUUAAGCCAAGUUUAUAAUUUUUUGUUUUUUAGAUUUUCUUCCACUACAGUGAAUUCAAUGGCAAUAUUAGUGAACUCAUGUUAGGAGAUGAUGUGGAAUUUGGAAUACAAGCAAGAAAUGUAAGCCAGAUUCGUAUAUGUAUUUGUUUUCUGUUUGCUUUUAUGUAUGAAAUUUUGGUCUUAAACUCUACUGAUAGCAAGGAAUAAUUGAUCAUUUUAUAUUUCAAACAUAUAUGUUCAAAUAGGGCAAGGAAGUUGCAGUGCAUGUUGAAAAAUUACCUGAAGGAACUGUGAAGUUUGAAGACAUCAGCGAUGAAAGAUUUCAAGGAACUGUGGAUCGGCCACUGAGUAAAUCUGCUUCAAAGAGACAACAUGAUCCAUUGCAUGGAAAGAUUGUGUACACUCCCCUUAACAAUGAUGAUGUUGAGGAAGAGAUUGUCUUCUCUGAAAGAGAUUUGCAUGGAGACUUCUCCCUUAGAGUUGGAGAUGUAGUGGAAUUUAAUAUUGCUGUUGGUAGGUUUUCUGAAAAAAUUGUCUUAGGAUGUCUUAGUAGUCCGACUAAUAGAUUUAGAUUGGAACUGAACACAUUUAAAUUGCACUUAAUUUUGAAGCAGUAGUAAUAGAGCAGUGUUAGAGGAAAGAGCUAUAACUUAGAGUCACAUGUACUUUUUGUGUAGCAGUAAGAAGGUCACUGUCAUUAGAACUCAGCCACUGCUUAUCAAUAUGACAAUAUGGCAUUGAGAUACAAAUUUACUGAUACUCUUCUAAUGGUUCAAGGGUAAAGUGAUUGAAACUAGCAUUCUGUAUUUGCAUUUUAGGUGCAGACUUGCUUAUUUCAGUUACUGUUCUCUAUUUUUGUAGAUCGCCGUGACUCUCUGAAAAGAGCUACAAAUAUCAGCCUAGUGGAUGUAGCUGAACCUAUUGAUGGAGAAUCAAGGGAAUUGGUAAUGGCUAUAAAUUAUCUUUCUUUUUGGAUGUACCAGAAUUAUCUUUUUAAUUCCUGAGUGACCAAGAUAAAAUUUCUCCUUACAGUAUCUCUACAAUAUCCAGCACACUUGUGAUGAGAAUGAAAAAAAAUAUCAAUCAGAGAAUUAUUAGUUGAUUCAAUGCUAAAUUUCCAAACCAACAUCACAAGAAUUGUAUGGCAAACAGUAAGGAGAAUUUCUAAUGAGAUCUUGGAAGUGAAGGAUUAAAAAGACUCCUACACGUACCUCUACAUUGAAAUGACAUCUUACCUAAAAAAUCCCCUCAGAGAGAUCCAUGUGAACAUUGCACGGUGUAUUUAAUUCUUGUUAACAGUUAUUUUUUUGCAUAGUCAUUGAAACUUGAUGGACACUUUUCUCUAUCAGGGUAUUGUAGCAUCUUUGAAAGAAGGAUUUGGUUUUAUAAAGUGCUGUGAUCGAGAUGCAAGGAUGUUUUUCCACUACAGUGCACUUCUUGACUCUGUAUGUACCAAAUGAAUUACAAAUUCUGAAAAUUUAUGAAAUGCACCAACCAUUUCUUCACAUCUUUUGUUACACUUGUCGUUUAAUUCUUCCACUUUUGCUUUUGAAAUUUGAAACGGAGGCUUGAGUACAUAUUAUAUUAAUGAAAAAUGUGUUAGAGUGUGUGAGAAGGAGAUGAAAUUAAAAACAUACAUGUGUAGAUAUUCCUGUUUAUUUAUGAAUUAUUCCAUUAAAACUUAUAGAAGACUGUUAUUGAUAGUUAAUAAUGUCCUAUAUUAUAAAAGUGCUCUCAUGUUUGAUCAGCUCUGGGAGAAGUCUUUUUGAUAUGUAUUGUAAACAAGCAUACAUGUAUUUGUAUAUCUGUAAGAUUAACUAAUGUACAUUUUAAGAUACAUUUAGGUUGUCUUGGUUCAAGAUAAGUGUUAAGAGCUCACUGUAUUUUGUUUGUCCUUAAAUUUAAUAAGGCACAUCAAAUUCAAGUUGGAGAUGAAGUGGAAUUUGCAGUAUCUGAGGUGAGCAAAGGAUUACAUACUUUUUUAAUUGUACAUUUUAUCUUCAGUGGUGCAGGUAACCAUCAGUCUUUCACACUAGUUGUUUAAGCCUACUCUAAUAGGUACAUGUUUAUUUGGUUAAUAAGAUAGAGCACGAUUCAUAACAUGAUGCCAAACAUGAACAAGUUCUCAUUGUUGAGGCAAUAGAUAGCUCUACAUUGGUGACAAUUUUUCUAAGAUGUUGCUUUUGUUUUAGGACACAUCUUCCAUUAAACGCCUACAUGCAAUAAAAGUCCGAGUUGUACCCAAAGGAACAAUUAUUCAGAUGGAGGUUUGCAAUAAUAAUUUCUUGCUGCCUGGAUAUCAUUUUUCUCUCAGAAGUUUGUCAUGGUGAGUUAACAUGAUGACAACAAUUUAAUUUUCUGUAGAAAGUUUCAUCUCAAAUGUAUGAGGGAUACAUCGAAAGAGAACCCAGCUAUGGCACACGCAGCCCCAGAAAGGAUAACAACAGGUGGGUGAUGGAAAUGUUGUGAAAAACUUCUUUUCUAUUUUUAAAUUUCAGACCUGAGUCUUUGAAGUGGACUGUGAGGGUCCAACAUAAGAUUGAACUUACCAUUAUUAGUUCACUUCUGUUAUCUAUUUAGUUAAUGAAUAGAUUCCAUGUUGGUGUGCAUCUGUACAGUAAUAAUUGUAGAUCACAGAUGAUGUCAAACUGGGGUCAAAAAACAAAAAGAGCUGCAGACAAGGCGUAGCUGAGUGUGUCACUGAUGGUCUUACCACCUUUUGGGGUCUUCAGCAAUAUAUUACUGUUGACACUCAUAGUGACAUGGAAUCUAUUUGUUUUACAUAAUAACAAGAUGAAACUUGUUGAUGGUUAUGUCAUCUGUGUGUUUGUCCUCAACAGAUCACAAAUAAGGAUCAAUCAAAAUGCAUGUAUAAUUCUGUUUAUUAUACAAUCAUCUAAGUAUGUUGGUUUUUUUUUAUACAGAGAGAGUGAGUCUGGUCUGAUCAACUGCUUCAUUGAUGGAGUCAAAGAGCUGUUGCCAUUUGAUUUUAAUAAUUUUGAGCUGAGAGGAGUUGCCCAGUAUGGUGACCUGGUAAUUAAUGUCAUCUUUGUUGAAGUAGAUUGAUGUCUUUAAUGUAUUCUAGUGGGGAAUGAUUAUAUUCAACAAUUAUACAUUCUGCAUGUUCUAGGAUGAGUUUCCUGUGACUUUGCCUUGUUUGUUUUCAAAAAAUGUACUCUGAAAUUUAAAAUAGUACAGAAUUUAACAUAAAUCCUUUUCUCAUUAAAGCCCUCUAAUAGUCACCAAUAAUAAAACCAAAUGCAACGCUUUGAUGUAGUACUACAUUUACCACAACUGCACAUGCAACAGCUAGUUUAUACUGAGCUGAACAUUUUCUGCUUACAAUCUGUAGGUGGAGUUCCAUUUGUCAGAAAGUCAGAGAACUGGUUACAGAAGAGCAGUGAAUGUAACAGUGUUGAAAAGAAACAGUGAACUGCGGCACAUGGUAUGGAAUCUGAGCUCUUUGCUUUUCUGAAAUGACAAGAUUCUUUUAUAUUUUUCAGGAAGAGUUUCUAAAGAACAAUUUUAAAUGUAAAAUAAAUUUUGCAAACUAGGAAGUCCAAAAGUAUAAUUAGACAGUGUAUUUUAUUAUUAUUACUAUUUUUGUUUGUAUAUUUGUUUUUGUUUGUGAUGUUUGGAGAACUUUAUGAAUGGGAAAUAUAUUUAUAGUGCCUCCAUUUUGCGCAAUUCUUAAAGGUCUUUUUGAAGAGAUGCUUGUAUGACUGCAGCACAAUUGCAUUUUAGUCGCUGAUUAUUAUUAAUUUUUUUUUUGGUGGACAGGGAUUUGUUGCUACCCUCAAGGAGAAUUUUGGGUUUUUGGAGACAACCGAACAUGACAAGGAAGUGUUUUUCCACUACAGGUUUGUGCCUAAAUUAUUUUAUCUACCGGUACGUGUACAUAACAGUUGAACUUAAUAUACAGUUGCUGGCUAUUCUGGAGUUGCACAACUAUUUUCACUUGCUUUCUGAUGCGAGAGUAUUUUCUCUUUUGGUAGAGCUGUCGAUUUAAGCAUAAUUAAAAGUGUAUUUCUAGAACCAGCCGAGCCUUCCUUGGUUCAUUCCUACAUCUCUGUUGGAGCGGUAGUGGUGAAAGUUUUCUAUAGUGCAAAAGUUUUCUAUAGUGCAAUACAAAUCAAAACCUAGAUUUCAUCAAGUGCCUCUCUCUUUUUCCUGCCUACCGAUUAACAACUCCAAAAAACGAUUAAACGCUUGACUAAAUAUCCCUGAUAGUGAAUACGAUGGUGAUCCCAAUGAGCUCAUUCUUGGUGAUGAGGUGGAAUACAACAUCAAAUGUAAGAAUGGUAAAGUCAGUGCAGAGAUGGUAGUCAAACUAGCUCGAGGGACCAUAACUCAGGAGCAAAUUCUGCCAGAGGUGUAUGUGGGCAAAGUUCUGAGGUCUUUAAGGCGUGCUGAUCCACAGGUAAGGCUUUCAGACUGCAGUUGUUUUAAACUUAAUUGUAAUGUUUAUUUUGAUUUUUGAUUUUACAAUUUACUUUAAAGAUCUAAAAACCAAUGCGUUUUUCUGCUUGGAUAUGUAUAUAGACCAUUUCUUUAGUGUGGGAGUUAUUCAAAGUUCACCUUUCGAGUAAACCUGAAGUUCGGUUUCGAAAAAACAGUGAUUAAUAAAUUGAUAAAACGUACAUACUACUCAUUCAUUCACUUUUCCUUUACCUCAUCAUUUGUGGCCCUGUAUUUUGUAGCAAUUGGAGUAUGCUGGUUUAAUAGAGCGUAUUACAAAUGAGGACCAGGAGAGCGAUUCUGAGAAUGAGGUGGAGGAGGACUUGGAUGAUGGAGACUCCUUAACUGUGGAGUAUGGAAUUACAAGUCUUGUGGACAAAAAGACUGUGCUACAGUAUGGAGAUAAGGUAUAGUGUUAUCGGAACUGCAACUCGAGCUUCAAAACUCUCUUCUGGAAAUAACCUUGCCAUUUGAGGAUGUGAACCAGGCGGUUCUCUGCUGAAUUAAGAGAGUAUACUUCCCGUCGCAAAUUAAAUAUUAAACAGUAUUUUCUAUUACUCCUUAGGUGCGUUUUCAAGUCGGUGUCGAUAAACAAACGGGAAGGGAGAUUGCCAUGAAAGUGGUUAGUGUACGACAACGAGUGCGGGCGCGAGUUGAGUCAGUCAAAGGCCAGGUAAGUGUUUUUUUUUUCCUUCUGAAGUCCAUUUCCCCAUGGGGACGCGGAAUUUUUUUCGUUUGUCCCACGCUCGUGAUUCAUAGAUUUUUUGGUGGUAAGAGUAGUGUUCAAACGAUGUAUGCACUUGAUUAAUUUUCAGUUUGGAUUCAUUGCUUACGAAAAUGAGGAAGGAAAGAACCUGUUCUUUCAUAUGAGUGAAGUGGAGGGUGAAGUUGAACUACAGGUAAGUAGAAAGCACUCACCUCGCAUUAUUCCUGCGAAAGGCUUUAGAUAGGGGACGUCGCCUGUAACGACAUCACCUAGAUCUACUCAGAAGUCUCAGCUCGUCGAGGCAAUAGAUUUGACUCAGUAUUUCUCGUUUCUAUCCUCCAGCCAGGAGACGAGGUGGAAUUUGUUGUGGUGCAGAAUCAGAAGAGCCGAAAGAUGAGCGCAUGUAGUGUGCGUAGGAUCAGGUAAGUAGUUUAUUCGACUCCUUUAAAAUUUAUUCCAUGCAAGUAGUAGUCAAUAUUAUCACCAGAUCGUCCAGAAAGCUGUAUUAUUGCUUAUCCAACUUCGUCAGUCAUUAUUAACGUCUGAGACAUUGUAAUCACAAACCAGAAUGAAUUACCUGCUGAUCUGAAAUUUGUGUCAUUUUCUUCCACAGUGAUUCUCAGCGACCCGAACGACUCAUACGCAGAACAUUCACGGAGAGUGUCGAAAGCCCAGGACCAAGGUAGGCUGUUAGGCCGAAAGGUUGUGAGUAGUUCAGUUCUUGUUUAAUUCAAAAUUUUUUGAUAGGAACGAACUACUUAUGCAACUAAUCCCUUGAUUGACUUCUAUCACUCGACCAUAUGUAACGUUUAUUUGGCAGUGUGACGAAGAUUAAGAAAAUUAACGUCCACCAAAGUAAUUAAACUGCAAAUUCUCUGAACAAACAUUCGCGAAAAUUCAUAACGGCCUGGAAUUAAGAAUUAUCGAUCAGAUGUUGGGAAUGAAAGGUUAAACUCUACAUUCGCAGUUGUAUCGUUGUUACUCGUUGGGACUGCGUCGUACGAAUAGGAUAAUCUAUAAUGAGAUUGGCGUUUCAUAAUGUGAACCAAAUACUGAGUUUUUACAGAUUCGGUCGCACUGGAUGUGUUUAGUCUAUGAGAAGGAUCUCUGUAGUAAAAUCAUGGAAUUUUUCCCCUUAGAAUUGAAGUGAUCCGUAAACCCAGCGGACCCGACGGUACACGAGGGUUCACGUACAAACGGACUCUGCGUUCCCUGUCAGAUACAGCAACGGAUCUCACCCAGGGAACCAGCAGGCGUACUGCAGGCUACAAUGCGGCUAAAGAGGGGAGCGAGUUUGAAGAUCUUGUCUCCAAGCUAUGUGAUUAGGAUUGAGAUUUUAGUGCGAUGGGGAAAUUAUUUAUGUAUUAUAGGAAAUUGCAGGAGUAAAAUAGUGGUAUCCAACUUUAGAUAGAUAAAUUAGUAGUAGAUAUUUGUCUUGUCGCUUCAGUUAUAAUCACGCCGUAGAUUUCUCUAUCUCAUUUCUUUUUACCGUUUAUAUGACAUUAACAUUGUGGUGAUCCUAUCAUGAUUUUUAUGUUCGUAUCUCGAUCAUAUCCGCACGUUCUCAUUUUUGUUUUGUUUUUUUUUUUUUAUAUGUUUGAUCAUCGGUUCUUUUGAAAACAGAGGUAUCAAUGUUUUUUUUCUCGCUGAUAAUGUGGCGCUCUAACUUCUGAGGAUUUUUGGCAUAACAACAGCGUAUAGCUCUUGCCUUCUCACGGUGGGGUUCAUGAAGGAGAACAGAUUUUGUAAUGGAACAGUUGAGGUAUUACUGCAGCCUACACAUCACGCAGGGCGAGAUUACGCACCAGUUUUAUUAACUUGCUGAGGUUUUGCGCACAAAGUGUGAAGUUAUUACAAUUUCGAAAACGGUAAUUUAGUUGAAUAUGUAAUUUAAAUGAAUGUACCACACUUAUCAGUGAAACUAAUAAAGAUGCAAC